GAAAUUACUUUGUCUUAUUAUGCAUUUGCAGGAAGUCAGCCUUGGACCAAACAUGUAUGGUCUGUUGAUGUUUUAAAAUCAGGUAGUUAUAGUCGGAUACAAAGAAAAACUACUUAACGGGAUUGGCUUUAUGUGUGGACGCCUGCAAACGUUUGUCCUGAAAUAAUAAAGAUGGGAACAGCUCUGGUUUACGACGAAGAAAUGACCAAAUACAAACUGCUCUGGGUUGACCCUGCAUGUAAGAUUGAGGUGCCUGAGCGUCUGACUGUGAGUUAUGAGGCUUUGGUCAAGAAUGGCCUCUGUCAACGCUGCGUCUCCAUUCCUGCUCGCGAGGCAACAGAGGCAGAGAUUCUGCUGGUUCACAGUGAGGAAUACCUGGAGGGCGUGAAAAAGACUCCUUAUAUGACUCUAGAAGACUUGAAGGAAUUCACCCUUCAGUAUGGGGACGUCUACUUCCACCCAAACAUCUACCACUGUGCCAAACUGGCUGUGGGAUCUGCAUUGCAACUGUGUGACAGUGUAAUGACCGGGAAGGUGAGGAACGGCAUGGCUCUGGUCAGACCUCCAGGACACCACAGUAUGCGCAGUGCUGCCAGCGGCUUCUGCGUGUUCAACAACGUGGCCAUAGCAGCUCGAUAUGCAAAGCAGAAAUAUGGAGUUAAAAGGGUCCUGAUUGUAGACUGGGACGUACAUCACGGUCAAGGGGUGCAGUACUGCUUUGAAGACGAUCCGAGUGUCCUCUACUUUUCGUGGCACCGCUAUGAGCAUCAGAAAUUCUGGCCCAACCUGCGGGAGUCAGACUAUGACAAUGUUGGCAAAGAGGACGGGGCUGGGUUCAAUAUAAAUGUACCCUGGAACAAGGUAGGAAUGAAAAACAGUGACUACCUCUCAGUGUUCUUUCACCUUCUCCUGCCAGUUGCCUACGAGUUUUGCCCAGAGCUGGUUUUGGUGUGUGCGGGUUUUGACUCGGCCAUCGGUGACCCAGAGGGGGAAAUGUGCGCCUCUCCGGACAUCUUUGCCCACCUAACUCACCUCCUGAUGAACCUAGCCGGAGGGAAACUUUGUGCCGUGCUGGAGGGAGGAUACAACUUGACCUCCCUCCCCCAGUCUGUGUGUCAAACAGUUCAGACUCUGCUUGGAGAUCCCCCGACCCGGCUCUCAGAUCUCGGCGCUCCCUGCGAAAGUGCUUUAGAGUCUCUUCAGUGCGUCCGAUCGGCUCACAGGCAGUACUGGUCCUGCCUCAGACAAGCAGCUGGUCUGCCCGACUCCCAUGUCAGCGCCAAGCGCAUUAGGUCAGCAGGAGGAGAAGGGGAAAGGACGGAAGUGGGAGAGGAGGAGAAAAGCGCAGAGGAACAAGCUUGGCCCGAGCCCCCACAGAGAGUCUCUCCCCCGGUUCGCUGUGCUCUGGUGCUGCCGGGUGGAGAGGCUCCUCCAGAUGGGUGUGAGCAGAUCAGCUCCAGAGAGGAGCUCCAUCCACUGAUGCUCACCAAGCUGAGAGAACAUUUCCAGUCAGAAUUAGACAACUGCAGUGCUCUUGCCUCCCUCCCGAGCCUUAUGACCCUGGUAGAGAAAAUGGAGAAGAAUGAGAUCCGCAACGGCUUGGCAGUGGUCCAUAGCGUCACCAUGGCGAUGAUGUGUGUCCUCCAGCAUGUGGGGGAUGCUCCCAGCAGUCGGACUUUGGUUGUGUGUGUCGGCGGUGGGAGUGUUGGCAGUCACGCCAGAGAAGAUGGGAAAACUCUUACGGUGCAGAUCAGCAGCGAGGACACAGAGAAGCCAACGGGCAAAUUUUACGUUCCUGUGCACUUAAAGAAGGGCUGCGGUGACGCGUCGGGGUUCAUGCAGGCUUUGCUCGGCCUCCUCUUACCUCUCGGUUACCAGUACAAUCCAGAUCUGGUCCUGCUGGUUCAGAUGCCAAACGCCGGAGUGUGUGGCGGAGUGUGGCAGCAGCUCGUGGGCGUGCUGCAGGGUUUCGCACAAGGACACGUGUUGGUGCUGAUGCAGGAGGGUGAGCAGGCACGCGUGGGCCCCACAGCUUCCACCCUCCUCGGUGACCCGGCACCUCCUCUGGAGCAUCCUCUUCAGGCCCCCCUCCCAGAGGAUGUGGAGGCCGUGGAGACACUAAGAAGCAGGCUGCAGUCCGACUGGAGUCUCCUGCAGAACACAGGUGAAAGCACAGCAUCUUUUCAGUAUGAAAAUCAGACAAUCGCAGAGCUGAAAAUAACAAAGUCUGUCUCUUAA